CGCGCCUCGCACGAGUUCGCGUAGUGCCCGCUCGCAAAAUGGCUAAGGAGGAUGCUAAGGCCAAGGCGGCCAAGGCCGCGAAGGCGGUUAAGAAGGGGGGUAACAAGGUGAAGCUGCUCAAGAAGCGCUUCUCCCCCACCUUCCACAGGCCUAAGACGCUCAAGAAGUCGCGCGCGCCCAAGUACCCGCGCAUCUCCGUCCCGCCCAUGUGCAAGAUGGACCAGUACCAGAUCUUGAAGUACCCGCUGACGACGGAGAGCGCGAUGAAGAAGAUCGAGGACAACAACACGCUGGUGUUCGUCGUCGACGCGCGCGCCACCAAGAAGCAGAUCAAGGACGCGGUGAAGCGGAUGUACGACAUCGCGACCGCGAAGAUCAACACGCUCAUCCGCCCGGACGGCGAGAAGAAGGCGUACGUGCGCUUGACGGCGGACUACGACGCCCUCGACGUCGCGAACAAGAUUGGCAUCAUCUAAGGUGUCGAGACGAGGGUGCGUGGCGAAUAAUCUAGCGGAGAGAGGAAGAGGUAGCCCCGAGUUUCGUCGCGAGGGCGAGGAAAGCUAGUGAGGACGUUCGGGGCUCGUCGAGAGUUGGUUGGGGGGCGUCGGCCGCACAGCUGUUGUAAUAGCGUAAAAGCGGUUCGCGCG